AUGCCGAGCUGGCAAUUCCUCGCCAACCUCGGUACUUAUAUCCAGACACUACCCCGGAAGAACAGGAAGCAGAAGAUAUGCCUCUUUGGGGCGGACGCGUGCGGCAAGACGACCCUGCUGUACCAGCUCAAGCUCGGGCGGGCUGUGAGCACGAUCCCGACGAUCGGGUUCAAUGUGGAGACUGUGCCGUGGAAGACGAAGAAGGUCAUCGUCGUCGACGACGACGACGACGAGGAAGGGCGAAAGCGAGAUGGAUCCUGGAGAAAAGGGGGCCAGGAGGGGGAGGAAGAGGAAUGGGAGUUUGAGUUUUGGGAUGUCGGCGGUGAGUAUGAGCGGGCUCCGACCUUUUGA